AACUGCAAUUCGGUGAAAAUAAGUGCUCUCAAAAUGAAUAAGUCUCGAAAUGGGGCGUUGAAGAAAGUUUGCAGCUAUCACAAGUGCAUGAAUUCAUCAACAUCGAAUCCAGAUCUAACGUUUUUUAUAUUCCCAAAAGAUCUUGAACGGCGCAUAAAGUGGGUUAAAAAUGCCGGAUUAAGCGAGAAAGAUGCUGAAGACAAAACCCUUUAUCUUUGCGAAGUGCAUUUUAAGAAUAUUUAUAUGUGCCAGAGUCAACGGCGAAAAUUACUGCUGCAGACCGCAGUACCCUAUCCGUUCGAUGAGAUGCCAAAGUUGAAUCAUGAAUCGGAAAGCAUGGAAUCGUUAGAAUUGCCUGAAUCGGUAGCUUACAAGGAGGAGCACAUCGUUGAGCUUGAAACAAUGGUGUUCUCCGAAAUGGACAACGUCGAAGAAACCGCCAUGAUCCAUGAAGAUAUGGUCGAUCGAGAAAGCUAUUCCGCUGAACCCAUGGACAACGAAAUUAUCGAAACCACUUCUGAAAAUUCAACGAUAUUCGCUCGCAAACGAAAGGAUCCCGUAACGCAGAUAGCCAAAAUGAAGGCAAAGCUGCAUUCCAUAAACAGAAAAAAGGGAACAACCACAACAGGCAAAGCCAAUGAGUUUACCCUACAGCUGAACGACGGAACGCUCAUUCGAAAAGUAAAUGUUACCUCAAAUCAAUUGAAAUCACUUAACCACAAGCAAACGGGAUAUCGUCCGGCGACAGCGACUGUAGCACCACAGGAAUCCACCGCCGAGUCAGCUACGAAGUACACCGCCGAAUCGUCAUGUACAUCGUCUACGAAUGCUGUAGAAAUUAUUGAACAAACGGAAGAAAGUUUAUCUAACAAUGGCAGCGACGAUGAGUCGGAGAAAGUUCAGAUCAACGAGUUCAUCUUCAAAGGUGAAGAGUAUGUGCAGAUGCCGAAAUCAUUCUACAGAAAGCAGCUAGAGGAGUUGCGGCGAAAAGUGGCACGCUACGAGCACGUAUUGCAAGUAAUGCGCGAAGCUAUGGACCACGCGAAUUCUGCCGAUAAUUAAGAAAAUUUUAUAUGUAAAACACUGUAAAUGUUUUAUUUUAUUGUAACUGAAAUUCUCAUUAAAGGUUUUAUUGCCCUGGCUU